AUGCUCCUCGCCCGCCUUACCCUCGUUCUGCUCCUCAGCAGCUUCGUCUCCGCCGCACCCGUGCCUUCUGCCAGCUUGGUCAGAUCGGAACCCGAAACCCCCAUUAGCUCAGAAUGGCCAACGCCGAAAGCCGCGUCACUACUACCGUCCACCCAAUCAUCUGACCUGAACAACGAGAACCAUCUGGGCAAACGGGCGCCCUACUACUUCCCUGAAACCGUGCCCGACGAGGAGGAAAUCGUUGCCAGACUGACCGCUCUUCGCGAGGCCGGCUUCCUGCCAGAUACGCAGCAAGGACAAGAUCAGAAGUCAAUCGGCACUCCGGAUGCAAAUGCAGCGAUCGACACUGCCCGUGCACGGCCGUCGCCCAUUCGGGAGGUCUCCUCCGCUCUAUCCGAACGAGAGAUUUCGCAGUCCGUCUGGCAGGCCACGCCGAUGCUCCCCGCCGCGCGGUUCUUGGUGGCGGCCUCCAUGUUCGUCUGCGUCGCGACUGUCAUCAGGGGCCUCCGGGACAACGGCAAGCAUUGA